AUUUGUUUAGUGGCAUGCAAGCAGGAUGAAAAGGCCUAGUGUGUUUAACAGUGAUGGGUGUGAAAACACUGCACACAUUCUGAGCAACGGACUGUAAUAUCCUGCAACUGAAAGGAAAUAGCCUUUUCAGGAAGCACAAACUCAUAGCUGGUUCUUUGAAAUUUAACAACAUGACAGACGACAAAACAACCAGUAACAUCCCUUCGUUAACAAUGGAGGUUGAUACUGCUUUUCUCCGAUCCUUGAGGGGUGUCGUUAAAUUAGUAGAGAUGGGGACUAUGUUUGUAGCAUUUGUGUGUUUUGCGGUAGCAUCCAGGCCCAAAUACAUUGCAGCUACAUGCAUGGAGUUUGUGAUCACAUUCUCCCUGCUUCUGCUGUACACGCUGAAGUUGAACAAGAAGCUGACUCUGUUCUUCUGGCCUCUCGUUGAUUUGUUCAACUCACUGUUUGCAGCAGUCUUCAUACUUAUCCUGAGUCUGAUAGCAGUGUCCACUUACACAGUGACAGGGACCCUGGGUGGAGGGAUAGUGGGUUUCAUAGCAACAGGCCUGUGGUGUGUGGAUGGUUACAUGCUUUUCAAGAGGGUCACAUUCAAUCAACCAAGAGCAGCAGCAACUGGCACUGUGAAGUGAAGACACCACAAUUGUCUCCUCCCAUGCUCACUCUCUUAUGUCAGUCCUUCCAUGUAUAUGUGUAGGUUUAAAGGGGGGCAAUCAGCAGUUGAAACAAUAACAAAGCUUGGCCCCGGCCCAUUUUGGUAAAAACCUGAAGGAUAUGUGGAUGGAGAAAUGUAAACACUCUCAAAUUCAUAGACAGAGCAAUGUAUGCAAGGACUGACCAUCAAUGAUAUCAACAUGAUAGUUUUAACUAUGUUUCGAGGCUAUAUAGUGUUUGUUUACGAUUAUUGGAGUAAAACAAGCUUAUAUUUUGGGUUCUGAUGGUGUAUGACAGUUGAACUAAGCUCAUGUGGCAUUUAUAUAUGUGUACAUAUAAUUAAUUUCUAAAUAAAAAAAAUGGAUGUAUCAACUGCA